AUGACCAAAAUUGAACUUCGUUGCGGUUCACAGGUUGUCUCUCCUGGAAUAUCUGGUCCACGAGGUCAAAGCAUUCCCUUGCACUCUGGUUCAACCCAGCAUUCAGCAGGACACUCGUGUCAGACUAUCCUCAGUAAAUAUCCUACUUUGAUCUCUGGCGUUUAUUGGAUUGAUCCUGAUGGUGGAUCCCAGGCCAACGCUUUCAAGGCUUACUGUGACAUGGAGACUGAUGGAGGAGGCUGGACACUAGUGUGGAGCUAUUCCUUCACUAAUUAUAGUCAUUUUACGAGCAAAUCAAAUGCAAUCACUCCGAGGCCAAAUUGGCCGGUGAGACCCGAAGUGGAUGUUCCUAUCUCCACAACUCCUCCAUCAAAUGAAAUAGACUACAACGCCAUAAACUUCUCACUUUGGAAACAACUCGGCAGACAGGUUCUCAUCAAGAGCAACGUAAACAACUGGCUGGUGUGUCAUCCGGGAAAUGGCAGCUUGGUCGAUUGGCAGGAAGGUGACGUGAACUGUAAGAUAAUUAAACUCGUGAUUGACCCAAGCAUAUCAUUUUCUUCUGCGCCUUCUGAGUUUUCGCCGAACCGAGCCUAUGGACCGCUGUUCUACCUGAGUACACCCUGGGGGAGCAUUUCCUAUUACUUUGAUGGUUUUACAGGAAAUCAUUGGCCUACCCAUGAUCCUAGUGGAAGCAAUAGGCCUAACCAAAAGAAGAAUGUUGUUAAUCCACAUGGAAACAUUUUUGUUCGACCUUGA